AUGUACAGAAGCCUUUCCCAUCAGGAUCAGGCUUACCUGACCAGAGACCAGGAUCCCUUAUCAAGGAGAACACGACAUUCACAUACACAUCACCGCUAAGAAGGAAAUUCACCAGAACCAUCCAGAAUGGAAAGUGUCCCAGGAGACUACAGCAAACGCGUGUAUCAAGGCGUACGAGUGAAGCACACAGUCAAAGAUCUACUGGCAGAAAAACGAUCCAGGCAGACAAGUAACUCAAGAUUUAAUAGCAGUGCCAGCAACCCCCAGUCUCCUUUCGCUCAGAUGCCCGGUUCACCGGUAAUGGGUUACUACGGGGUCAGAAGAUCGUUCCUCUCUGACUCAGACUUCCACAACACCAGACAGCUCGCAAACGAGGUCUGCAGCUCAGGCCCAGCGGCCAAGCCCUUUGCCUGCGAGGCCCCCACAGGGCAGAGCCACCCGGGCCUCCUGGAUUCCUACUUCCCAGAGCCCUACGGAGACCACCGGCCCCCCAGCCUGACCCCCAGCACCGGCUCUCUGUUUGGCGCCUCGCCCCUGCCGCCGCUCCUGCCGCCACCCUUCGCUGGGGACCCCAGCACGCACUUCAUGCUUAGGGACUCAUGGGAGCAAACAGUACCUGAUGGUCUCAGCCAGCCCGACCCCGUGCUCACCGACACCCAGCAGACCCUGUCGCCCAGCGUGAGUUGUCUCUCCCAGCUGGAGUCGGGGAGCGCCACCCCGCACAGGAGCUCCAGCUGGGGGCCCCCCCUGGCCGGGGCUCAGCCCUACUCACUGCACGCGCUAGAGGAUCUGUACCACGUGCCGGGGUACCCCACGCCACCCCCCUAUCCCUUCACCCCUCUCAUGACCAUGUCCAACGACUUACCACACAAGGUGGUGCCCCUCUCCCUGGAUGAGGGGGCAGACACGUCUGGACUUCAAGACCCUUCUUCAUGGACCAAGGAAGACGGGAGCAUGGCCUGGGGGUCGUACGAAUGCCGUAGAGCUUACUGA